AUGGAAUGCCAGAGGAAUAUAUCAGAAUUUAUUCUCAUAGGUCUGUCUUCUAAGCAGAACAUACAAGUGUUUUUCUUCUUGUUCUUCUCAUUCUGUUACCUUGCUAUCUUGUGUGGAAAUCUGCUGAUCCUUAUCUCAAUUAGAUGCAGUUCUCUGUUCAACCAACCAAUGUACUAUUUCCUCAGUCACCUAUCUUCCAUGGACAUCUGUUAUACCUCCUGUGUGACGCCCAAAUUGAUUGGGGAUAUGUUAGUGAAAAGAAAAACCAUCUCUUAUGAAAGCUGCAUGCUGCAGGUCUUUGCUAUGCACUUCUUUGGAAUGAUUGAAAUCUUAAUCCUGACAACCAUGGCCUUUGACCGUUGUGUGGCCAUCUGCAGGCCUCUACACUACAUGGUCAUCAUGAGCAGACCCAGGUGCCAUGUCCUAAUCUGGGUUUCCUGGGUUGGUGGAUCUGUCCACUCUUUCUCCCAGGUUUUUAUGUUAAUAUGUUUGCCUUUCUGUGGCCCCAAUGAAAUUGACAACUACUACUGUGACAUUUUCCCUUUGCUAAAAGUUGCCUGUACUGACACCUAUAUCACCGGUGUUCGUGUGGUUGCCAAUUCAGGACUAAUUGCUUUGAUAACCUUUGUUCUCCUGUUUGGUUCAUAUGUGGUUAUAUUGUUCACGUUAAGGAACCACUCAGCAGAAGGAAGACGCAAAGCUCUUUCCACCUGUGGGUCCCACAUCACUGUGGUUAUUUUGUUCUUUGGACCCUCCAUCUUUGCUUACCUUAGACCUCCUACCACUUUUCCUGAGGAUAAAAUCUUUGCCCUAUUUUACACCAUUAUUGCUCCUAUGUUCAACCCUCUCAUCUAUACCCUAAGGAAUACAGAGAUGAAGAAUGCCAUGAAGAAGGUUUGGUGUCAAAAGACAUUCUCAGGAGAGAAACAAAAUUAA